GUUGCGUUGAUUCGCCCUCAUAGCUGGCCUUUGCACGGAGCCUGUGGCGGCGGAACAUUGUGCAAGACAGUCCCGGCCUGCCGUUUGGGAUCUUUGGCCGUACCCUGACCGCCACGCGUCCGUGCCUGGCUCAAGCUGGACAGAGCUCCCCCUUCUGAGCCGACCGCGUGGGAUCACGCGGCGUCCCCAGCGGGCCCUCGCCGAUGUACGCCGCCGGGGGGGGCCAUACAGUUCUGCUCACGAGCGAUGGCACGGCCGUGGCCUGCGGCGGCAAUCAUGAGGGCCAGUGUGACAUCCCAGCGCUGGCCGCGGGCCUGAGUUACAUGCAGGCUGCCGCUGGAUUUCGGCACACAGUUCUGCUGAGCAGCGAUGGCGCGGCCUUGGCCUGCGGCAACAAUGAGCAGGGUCAGUGCGUCAUCCCAUUGCUGGAUGCUGGCCUAGCUUACACGCAAGCCGCCGCUGGAUAUGGUCCUACAGUUCUGCUCAGGAGCGAUGGCAGUGCUGUGGCCUUUGGCAACAAUGAUGAGUGCCAAUGUGACAUCCCAGAUCUGAAUGAUGGCCGUACUUACGCGCAGGCUGCCGCUGGAGGUGGCCAUACCGUUCUUCUCAAGAGCGAUGGCGUGGCCGUGACGUGUGGCGACAAUGAAAGGGGUCAGUGCGACAUCCCAGCGUUGGGAGCUUGCCAGAGUUACACGCAUGCAGCUGCCGGAGGUGGUCAUACUGUUUUGCUCAGGAGCGAUGGCGCUGCUGUGGCCUGCGGGAACAAUGAUGAUGGUCAGUGUGACAUCCCAGCGUUGGCCGCGGACCAGAUUUACACGCAGGCUUCUGCUGGAGGUUACCAUACAGUUUUGCUCCGGAACGAUGGCACAGUAGUUGCCUGCGGCGAAAAUUAUUCGGGCCAGUGCGACAUUCCCGUGUUGACCGCGGGCCUGACGUACAGGCAAGUUGCAGCUGGAGAUGGCCAUACCGUUCUGCUCAGAAGCGAUGGCACUGCUGUUGCCUGCGGCAGCGAUUUGAGCGGCCAGUGCAAAGUCCCGGUGUUGGCCACAGGCUUGUUUUUUGCCGCCCAUUUGUUACCAACGUUGCUCUUGCAGGCCUCACUCGUUGACGGAGCGAUCUGUUUCGCGACACUGGGAGGUGAGGAACGCUGCCGAUUCAGGGCAGGGCCCUCCGCUCUCCUGACAGGGAUCUGAAGGGCUGCGGUCUCUGCCGCCGCCCCACCUAAAGCCAAGCCAUCAUGGGGUUAUGCUUAUCGUCUCACCAAUCGCCAUCUCCAUUGGGCCAUGUUUUCUCAGCCCCACGAUCCCACCACCCCAAAUUUGGGAUAUGCUCCGCGAAACCCGACGGGAACAGCAUGCAUUCCCGUGUAGUGGGUUCAGUCGGCCAGUGUGGCCACGGCCGCGUUAGUGGGGAUAGGGAUCGGUUGAACGAUGGCCAGG